AAGCUCUAACACUUCAUCUCUGCAAGCAGCAGGGAUAAGAGAGAGAGAGAGAGAGAGAGAGAGAGAGAGAGAUUCUCCCAAACCCUGCUAUCAUCAUCACCGUCCGUCCCCAAAUCCUUCAAAUUCUUCGGGAAAUUCUCCCAAUCUUCUCGCUCAUCCUUCUCACGACCUGCCACCAGACCUUCUAGAAGGAGCUUCGUCGGCAAUGCUGUCAAGCUUUCUGAUUAUGUGGAAAAACUACCUCUCUCUCUCUAUCUAACAAUGUAAGAAGAAGCAUGGAAAAAGUAAUGCAUCUGUCAACCAUCUCUACUCCUCUCACCCACCAUCAUCAAAACUCACUUCCCAAACCCUCCCCAACAAUCUCCUUCCCCCAAAAGCCCCCCCAAAACCCCAAAGUCCCUUCCCUGACCCUCCCAAACUCCCCCUUCUUCCAUAAAACCCUCUACCUCGAAUCCAUUGGCCUCGACCCCCUCCCCCUCAUCAAUUCCCACCCUCCCAUUGCCUCCUCCUCUCUCCCCGCCCUCAAAUCUACCGUCCAUUUCCUCCAUUCCUAUGGCUUCUCCCCCUCCCAACUACGCCGCAUCUUCACCAUGUGCCCCGAUGCCCUCACUGCCUCCCCUUCCUCCAUCCUCCCUGUCUUCACCUUCCUCCUCCGUGAGGCCAAGAUCAAUGGCUCUGAUCUUGUCCCCUCUAUCAACCGACGGCCUCGCCUCCUAGUCUCCGAUGUAGCCCGUCGCCUCCGCCCCACCCUCUACUUCCUCCAGACCCUCGGCAUCGCCGACGUCUCCAAGCACACCUCCCUCCUCUCCUGCUCGGUUGAGGACAAGUUCCUCCCCCGCCUUGAGUACCUCCAGAAGAUUGGAUUCUCCUACCGGGACUCUGUCUCCAUGGUCAGGCGGUUCCCCCCGCUCUUCUGCUACAGCAUUGAGUCGAACUUUGAGCCCAAGUUUGAGUACUUUGCCUUUGAGAUGGGGAGGGACUUGAGUGAAUUGAGGGAGUUCCCACAGUACUUCUCAUUCAGCCUUGACCGUCGGAUCAAGCCGAGGCACAGAAUGUGUGCCGACAAGGGUGUUUCCUUUCCACUCCUGGUGAUGCUCAAGGGCAAUGACCAGAAGUUCUGUGAGAGGCUGGAGGUAUGCGUUAGCUCGUCCCCACCGUUGAGACUUUCGCCUCUCUGGUGUUAAAUUCAGAUUGUUUGAUAUAAAAUUGAAUUUUUUGGAAUAUCAAUCUGUAUGUGGAUUCCAUAGUUCAUUGUAGAUCUUCUCUUUUUCUUUUUUAAUUGAUCAUGUAUAUGCUUAUUGUGUAAAUAGCUCUCUUUGCUCUU